GCUGAUGUGGAUGGGAAUGGAGUUUUGGAUUAUGGAGAGUUUGUGAAAUUCAUAAUUCACUGGCAGAAGAUGGAGAAUGAUGAACAUUUCCGCAGAGCAUUUAUGUUUUUUGAUAAAGAUGGUAGUGGAUAUAUUGAGUUAGCUGAGCUACGGGAAGCUUUGGCCGAUGAGUCAGGUGAAGAGGAUGAUGCUGUCCUGAAUGUGAUCGUGAGAGAAGUAGAGACAGACAAGGGUUUUGACUCUUACUAUCCCUUAAUUUCACUUAACUUUGUGUCAACUAUUCCAUCAAUGCAGAUAAAGAGUUGGUUCUUUGAAAUUACGAUACUCACCACAUGA